AUGAAAGGCUACAUCGCUCUGUUUGGUCUUGCCACAAGCGCGCAUGCCCUGGAAUUUUCGCACUCGCAAUGCACAAACUCAUCAGUCUAUCAUGCAACGAUACUAUCAACAAAAGCCUCCACCGCGACUUUCACGAGCAUUCCGACCAACGCGAAUAACGUAUCAGUACAACAUACUGGGAACUCGCCCUCGACCUCCGCUACUAUUACUCAGCCACACAUUGUUACAGGCUCUACGACAUCAGAGCAGUAUGGAUCUGCAACCACAUACCCUUCCAUCCACGCACCAUUCUCGUUCGCCACAUCAGAUACAAGCCUCAAUGCUGCUUCAAGUUCGCAAGAGCAGCCACAUACCGAUGCUACUUCGGGCGCGAACGAUGGUUCAAGUAACAAGGGUUCAAUCUCCUUGUCUCACUCCGUUGGCGCUCUUCCAACGUCACAAUCGAGCUUGCAAUCGCCGCACAUUCCUACGACGACACUGGUGGUCUCGACUAUCACACCUUCUGGCAACUCAUCAUCGCCCAAAUCCUCCUUAGUUCCAUUCACGGGUUCAUCAUCGACGAACUCCGUAAGCGGUGGCGCAAUUGUUGUUGGCUUGUUUUUCACAGCGCUUUUCCUGUAA